AUGUUUACCUUACCACAACGUCCUCCAAAGGAUUACAAACUUAAAGAGUUUAGAAAAUUGCAACGAUCUGGCGAUGCAUUCGAUCCUUGUGCGCUCCCCAGAGUUACGCACAAGAAUUUUGGUAUUUUCUGUGAGCCAAUCGAAUAUAAAGAUAAUGAAGUACCAGAUAUAAAAUAUGAACCCACAAAUCCUGCAUUGCUGGGAAGAUGGGCUAAUAAAGAGAGAGCGUGGUGGGUAACAAAGCCAGGAAUCGACGACAAGUUUGUGCAUGAUCUUUUUAAAAAGUAUAACGUAGAAAAUGCCAAACCAGUGGACAACCAGCGCGUCUUUUUACGCCCUUUUUACUUUGAAUUCGAAUGUCAGCACCAAAGAAGGCUUUGGAGGCUUCACAGGAAAAAUAAAAGAGAUCAACUGGCUUUUGAACGACCCUAUCAGAUAAAGGUUGCCAAAAAAAUAGCUAGAGAAAAACCGAAAAUUUAUAUUGAAAAAUGUAAGGCGGAUCCGCCGUUUUGGUGGAAAGAAGUUAAAGAAGAGACUCUAAAUCAACCAGUUUUGAAUGCAGAGCAGGAACAUGUGGCUACAGAAGCUGAUCUAGAUGAAGCCAUAGUAGAGACCUGGACAGAAGUUCCGGAGUACACUGAGAAGCCUAUGGAUUUCUGCGAAAGAAGAAGAGAAAUGCAACUGUAA